GGGAGGGCGGGGCCGGCGCGCGCCCCGCUCCCCGCGCAACGCGCAUGCGCGGCGGCGGUGAGCGGACGCGAAGGGGAGCGCUUCCGGCAGGCGGCGGACGCGAAGGGGAGCGCUUCCGGCAGGUUGCGGACGCGAAGGGGAGCGCUUCCGGCAGGCGGCGGACGCGAAGGGGAGCGCUUCCGGCAGGUUGCGGACGCGAAGGGGAGCGCUUCCGGCAGGCGGCGGACGCGAAGGGGAGCGCUUCCGGCAGGUUGCGGACGCGAAGGGGAGCGCUUCCGGCAGGUUGCGGACGCGAAGGGGAGCGCUUCCGGCAGGCGGCGGCGGCUUGCCCGGGAGUGGAAGCGGCCGGCCCCCCCGGGGCCAUGGUGGUGCCGGCGCUGGAGCCCCCCCCCGCCAUGGUGGCCGACGUGGUGUUCGUGGUGGAGGGCACCGCCAACCUGGGCCCCCACUUCGAGGCCCUGCGCAAGCACUACCUGCUGCCCGCCAUCGAGUACUUCAACGGGGGGCCCCCGGCCGAGACCGACUUCGGCGGCGACUUCGGGGGUACGCAGUACAGCCUGGUGGUGUUCAACGCGGUCGACUGUGCCCCCGAGUCCUACUCCUACGUGCAGAGCCACGCGCCCACCAGCAGCGCCCACGAGUUCCUCACCUGGCUCGACCGCGUGCAGUUCGUGGGCGGGGGGGGCGAGAGCUGCAGCCUCAUCGCCGAGGGGCUCAGCACGGCCCUGCAGCUCUUCGACGACUUCAAGAAGAUGCGGGAGCAGAUCGGCCCCACCCACAAGGUGUGCGUGCUGGUGUGCAACUCGCCGCCGUACCUGCUGCCGGCGGUGGAGAGCACCACGUACUGCGGCUGCAGCACCGAGAGCCUGGCGCAGCGCAUCGGCGAGCGGGGGAUCCACUUCUCGGUGGUGGCGCCGCGGAAGCUGCCGGCGCUGCGCGCCCUCUUCGACAAGGGGCCCGGGGGGCUGCUGGAGGCGCAGCCCAAGGACUACGGCCAGGACCCCCGGCACCUGGUGCUCAUCCGCGGCGUCGCCCUGCCCGUGGGCAGCGCCGCCGGCUCCGGCCCCCCCCAGCCCAAGCAGCCCCCCGCCGCCCCCCAGCUGCCCCCCGCCGCCCCCCAGCUGCCGCCGGCCCCCCCGCAGCCGCUGCCCCCCGUCUCCCAGCCCUACCAGGGCCCCCCCCCGGGACCCUCAACGCGGCCCAGGCCGCCGCCCAGUCGGCCGUGGAGGCCGCCAAGAACCAGAAGAGCCUGGCCGGGCGCUUCCCGGCGCUGCCCCCCCUGCAGCCCCCCUUCAGCCAGGCGCCGGCCCCCGCCCUGCCCGCCGGCCCCCCCCUGGCCCCCUGGCCCCCAAGCUGCCCGGCGCCCCCCCCGGCCCCCCCGGCGCCGCCCUGCUGCCCCCCGGCCCCGCGCAGCCCCCCGCCCCCCCCGGCGGCCCCCCCAUGGCCAGCGGGGGCCCCCCAGCUCCGGGGCCCCCCCGGCCGCCGCCCCCCCGCUGGGGGCCGCCCCCCCCUCGCCGGGGCAGCAGUCGGUGAGCAACAAGGUGCUGGCGUGGAGCGGGGUGCUGGAGUGGCAGGAGAAACCCAAGCCGGCCUCGGUGGACUCCAGCACCAAGCUGACGCGGUCGCUGCCCUGCCAGGUCUACGUGAACCCCGGGGAGAACCUGAAAACGGACCAGUGGCCGCAGAAGCUCAUCAUGCAGCUCAUCCCGCAGCAGCUCCUGACCACGCUGGGGCCCCUGUUCAGGAACUCGCGCAUGGUGCUCCACUUCACCAACAAGGACCUGGAGUCGCUCAAGGGGCUCUACCGCAUCAUGGGCAACGGCUUCGCGGGCUGCGUGCACUUCCCGCACACGGCGCCCUGCGAGGUGCGGGUGCUCAUGCUGCUCUACUCCUCCAAGAAGAAGAUCUUCAUGGGCCUCAUCCCCUACGACCAGAGCGGCUUCGUCAACGGCAUCCGCCAGGUCAUCACCAACCACAAGCAGGUCCAGCAGCAGAAGAUCGAGCAGCAGCGCGGCCUGGGGGCCUCGGCGGCGGUGCCCGGUGCCUCCUUCCUGCCCAAGCAGCCCGGCGCCCUCCCCGUGGCUGGGGGGGUGCAGCCCCAGAUGCCGGGGCAGCAGGUGAGCCCGGGCCUGGCCGUCGGCAUCAUGGAGGAGCAGCAGCGGCAGCAGAGCCUGCUGCAGCUGCGGGCGCAGCAGCAGGCAGCUGCCGGGCAGCAGCCGCCCUCGGCCCCCCCGGCCCCCCCGGCCCCCCCCGCCGGCGCCGCCGCCCCCCCGUCGGCGCCCCCCCCGCCGGCCCCCCCGGCCCCGGGGCCCCCCCCGGCCCCCGGGCCCCCCCCCGGGGGCAGCCAGCCCGGGGGGGCCCUGCUGCGCCCCCAGAACCCCGGCGCCAACCCGCAGCUCCGCAGCCUCCUGCUCAGCCAGCAGCCGCCGCAGGGGGGGGUCCCCCCCCCGCAGCAGCCCCUGCACCACCUGCAGCCCCCGGCGCAGCCCCCCUCCUGCCCCACCAGGCCCUGGGCCAGGGGCAGCUGCCCCUCCUGCACCCCCCCCCGGGGCAGGCCUGGCCCGCGCAGCUGGGCCCCCGGCCCCCCCUCGCAGGUGAGUCCCCCCCCGCGACCCCCCCGCGACCCCCCCGCACCGCCCCGGGACCCCCAACUGCCCCGGGACCCCCCCAAACUGCCCCUGCUGCACCCCCCCCCCCCCGGGGCAGGCCUGGCCCGCGCAGCUGGGCCCCCGGCCCCCCCUCGCAGGGACCCCCAGCCCCCCCCGGGGACCCGCAGACCUGCCCCUGGGACCCUGAGAUCCCCCUGGGGACCCCAGACCCCCAUGGGACCCCCAAACCUGUCCCUGGGGCACCUGGGGACCCCCAAAACCCCCUGCCAGAUGCUGCUGCCCCCCGGCCCGCGGGGCCCCGUGCCCCAGGGGGGGCUGCAGCCGGUGCAGGCGCCCAGCGUCAUGGAGGAGGACAUCCUCAUGGACCUCAUCUAGGGUGGCCCCCCGGGCCCCCCCCCGCCGCCGGA